AUGGACACUCAGGUUUCGUGGAAUAUCACAGACAUUGCGGAACUUCCCUCAGUCAGCGGCGGAGAGUUGGGCGGAGAAUACACUUUCGCCCAGUUUCAUUUCCACUGGGGCAGCGUCAGCACGCAGGGAUCUGAGCACACCAUCAAUGGGAUCGCAUACGCUGCUGAGCUUCAUCUGGUGCACUUCAAGACUGAGUACGGUUCCCUUGGCAACGCAAUUAAGUACGAUGACGGUCUUGCUGUGUUGGGCAUUAUGCUCCUGGGCGGUCUGAUUGACAACCCCAAUCUCACACCAAUCAUCGACGGGCUCGCUACCAUCCAAAAUUCAGGUGACGAAGAAAGCCUGGCAACAAUGUUCCCUCUCCAAAACCUCCUGCCGGCGAACACCAACACCUUCUACAGGUACUCAGGCUCCUUGACGACGCCCACCUGUAACGAGAUCGUCACUUGGACUGUCUUCCAAGACGUCAUAACCAUUUCCGAGAAUCAGCUUGAAGAAUUCCGCAAGCUUCUCGGAGACGACGGAGAGCACCACAUUGUCGACAACUACCGCCCUGUCCAGCCCCUCAACGGCCGUACGGUUGAGAAGAUCACCUUGUCCUAA